GCCCGCCGAGGUUCCACAGCCGAGCACUUGACAGCUUCACAGGUGAGAGCAGCGUCCGGAGGCUGUUUCACUUUCACAUCUCCGGCUUCCCGCGGGUCUUCUUUUCUUCUUUGCCUCCUUGGAGCACUCCUCUCUGUGAGCCUGGGGUUGCCACAGUCCAAAAACAACCUCUCGAAGUCUAACCACUCCGGCAGCAUGAGCAAAAAGAAAAAGGACUGGAAGACUGAGAGAGAGAGGCUGCUCCGUCUGGAUCAGGAGGAGAGACGCAAGGAGUUUCGUCGUCAAGAUUUCAUAUCUCUGGACAAGAUUCCAUCCUGGAGAGAGGAGAACACAGCCGAUGACAAGGAUGAAGGAAAGGAGCCGACGGGUGGAGGAGGGCUGAGUGAUAAAGUGUCUCUCUAUAAAGGAGACAUCACCGGCCUGGAGUUGGAUGCCAUCGUCAAUGCUGCUAACUCCAGUCUUCUGGGAGGAGGGGGAGUCGACGGCUGCAUACACAAAGCGGCGGGGUCCUGUCUGUAUGAUGAGUGCCACUCGCUGAAUGGCUGUGACACCGGCAAGGCCAAGAUCACCUGUGGAUAUGAUCUGCCGGCAAAAUAUGUGAUCCACACUGUGGGCCCAGUGGCCAGAGGUCAUGUGGGCCCAACCGAGACCAAUGACCUCACCUCCUGCUACCAGAACUCCCUCGGGCUGAUGAAGGAGCACGGCCUGAGAACCGUGGCCUUCCCUUGUAUAUCCACAGGCAUCUAUGGAUUUCCCAACGAGCCGGCAGCUGAAAUCGCUCUGAACACAGUCAAAAGCUGGAUUGAAGAGAAUCCUGAUAAGAUUAAGCAGAUCAUUUUCUGUGUCUUCCUCGAGACCGACUUCAACAUCUACAAGAAGAAAAUGUCUGUCAUGUUCCAAGACAAUGACAUGGAGGUUACAGAGGAGCAGCCGACGGGAGAUGACACACCGCCGUCUACAAAAUCUGCAACCAAGGAAGAAAGUGAGGAGGGAAACAGAGGUAUUGUGGAACCAGGUGAUGAAGAAGAGGGUGACAAUGAUGCUGCAGGAAAAGAAGACGUAGAGAUGGCGAGUCAAAAUCCAGACGAUGCAGAAAAGGAAGACGUAGAGAUGGCGAGUCAGAAUCCAGACGAAGAUUUAGGAAACGAGGAGGAAAAUCAAGAGAAGACCGCAGAGAAAAUUGAAACCCCAGAGAAGGAGGUUGUGGACACUCACAGCAAAAAAGCUGAAGACAAAGGCAUCGAGAAAGAAAAGAAAGAAAAAGGAGACAAAGAUGAAGAGCAACCUGCUGCGAAGAUGGAAGACGGCGACACAGCCAAGGCCACUGCGGAUAUCGAAGAUGGCCCUGAGAUCAAUGACACUGGCACCAGCAAUGGAGAGGGGAUGAAAGAUCCCGUCGAGAGCUCCGAAGAACCCGAUUCAAUUCCAACUGACAGCAAUCAGUCCAAAGACACUGUUGAGAAGAAGGAAUGAGCAGCUGAGGACGGACAAUCAACCUCAUCUGACAGCCAGCAAACUGUGCGGAGGCCAACCACUCUGGUGUCAGACCGGCCCAUGUCAGGGGCGGCUCUGACACUGGCCCCAGGGCAACCAGUCACUCACAAGAUGCUCCCAAUCCCAACUUGAUUUUAGCUUUCCCCUUCUUUAAGAAACUCCUCACCCCUGAAGUGUGUAUGUGCUGUAUGUAUAUGUAUGUAUGUAUGAGUGGAACCUUACUAUAACAACUUGAACAUAUCAGCUAGAAAAGAUGAGCCAUACCUCACUGUGUGUUAUAGUCAUACAUUAUUUCCAAGGCUGGGUGUGUUGAGUGAGAUAAACUGGGUAAACUUGUCUUUAGUUUCCAUUUCUUAAACGUAAACCCACUGUGAGAGCAUGGCGAAGCUGUCAGAGGACAACAGACACGGCUCCUACCUGUCCACACUCUACCCCUCCCGCCCCGCCCCUCUCUGUUUGUUCUUACACUGUCCCGAUGACACCCAACGGUGACACCUGCCUGCCUCACGGGCUCCUGCACGUCCAGCGCCAUUGUUUCGUCAAAUCGUCCGAUUCCCUUUGUUCCAUGAGGCGACGUGCCGCUUCCCUUUGCCUUUCAUCUCCCAACAUCUCCCGACAACGUCUUAUCUCCACCGCUGCCGUAACUGCAGCUUAACUCGUUUUUACCAGGAAACUCUUCGUCAGCGCGCCCACGCACACUUAAGAGGAUGUGAGUGUCUUUUAACAAAUCGAUUACGCCCCCCCGCCCUCCUCCCCCUCUCUCUCGCUCUCUCUCUCUAAGCCAUUUGCAGUGCAUGCCAGAAAAUUGCUUUGAACUUCCCCAACAUAAACAGGAUUUACUGUCCUCUUCGCUUUUCGCUUGUCUCCUUACCAGAUUGUCUAUAAUUGUAUCGAAGGAAUUUGCCUUAUCUCAUAUCGAGCGACAAAAUCACAAUCACAGACCUAAAGAGGUGGUCGAAGUAUGAAUUCUUGGUUGUGCAUUGCUUGCUGAUGAUUUGUAAUUUUAAGUUCGUCAUGUAAUGGCUAAUACUUGUUGUUGCUUUUAUCGUUUAUUCCUUCAGUUGAUUUAAAAAGGAAAAUAGUUCUUGGUUUCUUUUCAAUGUCGGUAUAAAUCAUGAAUUCUUUUCAGUGGUGCCAUACAACAGAUGAGAUGGAUUUAAAGUUCUAAUGGAAUGAUGCCUUCAUACUUUGAUGUUUGCUUUGCUAAGCUAUAACAGAAACAACUAAUAAAGUUUAAGUUGGAAGCGAUGUCUCAGCUUUAAA